AACAGGCGCUGCCUAAACACCCGUACUCUCGGGUCCUUAAGUCACAGGGUCGCGUAGUAGCGUUAUUGUAACGUGAUGGCGGCGUCCACCCGGUCACAGGUAAUCGCUCUGUACAGGAUGCUGCUAAAAGAGAGCCAGAAAUUCCCUUCGUACAACUACAGGACCUACGCGCUGCGGAGGGUGCGUGAUGCAUUCACGGCCAACAGGAAAGUAGCAGACCCACAGAGUGUGGAGCGACUGGUAGAGGAUGGACGCCAGGCGCUGGCGCUGAUCCAGAGACAGGUCUCUAUAGGAACCAUGUUCAAGGCCCAGAAGAUGGUGGUGGAGUAGCAGCAGGAGGACCACGUCCCAGCAGCCGCGUCCUGUUCAGUCGGAGUCCAGCUUCAGAGGCUGGAGUGGUGCUUGCUGGGAGACGUAGGACUUUUGUGUUUAGACCCUCAAGGAUCACCAGUCACAGGUUUCUGCUUUUUCAUAGGUUCUGAGUGAAGUGAUGCUGUUGCUUUUUUUCUAAUGUGAUGUGUCAGUAAUAAUAUGGGAAAUAUGAGAAGCUGUUUGAUUAAAAAGAAUCAAACAUUA